ACAAACAUACAGUCAAUAAUACAGUAGAAAAAUGAGUAUAUAUACAAUGUGAGCAAAUGAGGUGAGAUAAGUAAGGUAAAUGCAAUAAAAAGGCCACGGGAAAUGCGAUGGAAACUCGUGUCACUGCAAAAAUGUGUAUGUGCACUACAUCAUCACGCAUAUACUUUUAUUCCAAACAAAAUAUACUUGAUGGAAACACAAUUGUGGUAGGAAUAUAGCAUUUUGUUUGUAUGCGAAUUUUUGCAUAUUCGCGUGACAAGACGUCGCCAAUUGGAUGGAAAUGUAGCUCGUGACAGGCUCUGCAUGUUGCUUGGUAACCAAAUGGCGUUUGCUCAAACAGCUGAAAACCCGAACAUACAAACCCUGCGUUUAGGGCAUGUUUUGCAAAUAUAUGUAACGAAAACAAAUGAUGACAUGGAUUAACUAACUUGUUAUCUAUAUCUUUCAAAGGUUCAAGCUUUCUGUUUUGAACAGACACAUUUAGGGCACAGGUCCAGUUCAUAAGCAUGGAGAAGAACUAUUACGCAAUAGAAAGUGCCCCUUCGUCCCCCCCAGUGGAGGAUAUGAUGGAGCUGGACGGCAGGCAGCAGAGAAUAUACCACAGGGCUGCCAGGAUGAUACAGAGGACAUGGAGGAGACAUGUGGAUACACGCGUGUUCCAGUACUUCAAGAACCUUGUGAGGUUCCGUAACCAGGGAGACCCUCGACUCCUGCUCAAAAAUGUCAAUCCCAGAGAGGCAAAUAUUCUGGAUGCUGCUGCAGGAGUCCACAUCAGAUUCAGACUGGGAGGGACCACCUUUCCACCGAGCAUCUACUAUAAGAUCUACACCCAUCGACCCAUCGUGGACAUGUGUGCCAACAGCCCCAAGGACUACACCCACCCCAGACAGAAGAGGUCCGUCCCCAGGCAGAUACACAAUGGAAGGACCCAGGUGCAGGACGACCAUGCUGGCUGGUACCACCGCGUGGAGAACAACGGCUGGAGACUGCUCUCUGGGAAGGCUGCUCUGUUAGGUGACAUCAUCACGUUGGAGACCAAUGGCAGGAAGGUGGAGUUUCACCAUUCCAAACUGCAGCGUCGUCAGGACGUGGACAGGAGGAAGAAGAGGAGGAAGAUUGAAUGGUUGAAGCAGAUGUAUGACCGGGGCUGUCUGCAUGCACGUACAGAGCAUAGUGAGACAGCCAUGCUGGUGGAGCGGUCAGCCCAGGGCAUGAUGGACGCUGUGGAGCAGCUGGGACCCAACCACAUCGUAGAGUGGGAAGUGGAUGAACUACUGGAGUGGACCAACGCUCUCAACUUUGACGAGUAUAUUAAUGACUGGGGGGUUGUGGGUACCAGUAAUUCCUCUGAGUCUUGGAAAGACAAGAGGCUGGUUCCUUCCAACCUGGAGCCUUGUGUUGAGUUCUCAGGGCUGGGGCAGGAGGACAGCCAGGUGGAUACCUACAGCAGUGUCCUCCACCCCCUGGUCUCCAGCCUCAUCAAGUCAGAACACUCCAAGGCCAAUCUCUUUGACUGACUGACUGACUGACUGGCUGGCAUUGUAUUGCUGACCAGACCAGUAAAUUGCAAUAGCAACCAUCAGACACUACUACUAUGACACUAUACAGUGAGAUUAAAUUAAAUGUGAUGAGAAGUAAAGCAAAGUGUUGAAUGUAACUAUGAUAAUACAUUAUAGGUUGUUGUUGCUAAGGGUAACAGGGUUUGUUUUCUACUCUACUGUUCUCGAAUCUGUAAUGGACAUACUCACACCAGAUGUAGGCUGAUACAAUGUGCUUCUAAAGAUUAUACUUACUGAGGUUUCAAGUAUGAGCAAAAGUAUCAAACAAAAUGAGGGGGCACCCGGAUUUGAACCGGGGACCUCUUGAUCUGCAGUCAAAUGCUCUACCACUGAGCUAUACCCCCGUACUCAUAACAAUUGGAAAAUAAUUUUGAUAUAAAUCUUAAUCCGUUCGUGAAUGUUGUACAUUUAAUAUCAGUAUUAUAAACCAUAUAUAGUACAUAUAAACGACACAGUAGUUCCAAAAGCAGCAUCCAUCCUACUUUCCUUUUUAUUUACGUCUAUCUGCCCGCUUGUAUUUCUAUCAUCUGAUUGGGAAGUGUGGUCAAACGGUGGAAGAGGGUCAGAGGUCGGUGGGUAGUUGGACGUAAUGGAGAAGUUGGUGAAGAAACAGCUGUGUUGGAAUGCGAACAAUAUUGGUGUCCGUUCUGAUUGUAUGCAGCGGGUGGAUGAGGGUCAGAGGUCGGUAGUGGGAAGACAUAGGAACAAAAUAAAUGACGAUACAGAAAGCAGUGGAGCGUCCAGUAAAUAAAGCCACCCGAUCGGGUGCACUGCACCCCGGAAGCAUAAAUAUGGCCAAAGUAGGAAGAAAGAGUGAUGAUGUGUUGGAGUGGAAAGUGGUAAUAGUGUUCGAUGACAACACAGGGCCUCACUUACGACUAACUAAUGCCGUAGAGAAAGAGGUAGGUGAAGUGAAAUUAGUUUGUUUCAUUGGACACGGUCGAUUGUUAAUAUUGUGUAGCCAGGCUCAGCAAGAGAAUAUUCUGAAAAUGGAAAACGCUUACUGGGAAGAAGAUUAAAACCAUGUCCCUGGUGCAUAUGAUAGAUUGAGGGGAGUCAUAGGGUCCCAAAUAUAUGUCCACGGGUUAUAUUAAAGAAAAUGUGACGGGAGGCCAAUAGGUUGUUCAGUAGGAAAGAGGGUCUCAGUGAAAGUCUAUCAGUGAUGCUGAGGGUUUGAGAAAGUCAUGCUGGGAAAAGUACAGGUAGGAUUCCUCAGUUACAAUGUUAGAGAAUUUGCCCCAUAUGCACUGCAGUGUAGUAAAUGCCAAAGAAUGGGACAUGGAGCCAGAGGAGUGUCCAAGGUGGCUCUGGACACCCCUGACAUCUGAUUGGCCGCCCCAGGUACCACCCCAAAAUGUUAUUCGCUACUGUCAGUUUGAUGCUGAUUGACAUCUCAAUUCACCUCUUGUUGAAAGAAUCAUUUAUUUUCAACAGCAGUGCAUUUUUUCAAAUCAGACUUCUGUUCCUUAAGGACCCAAUGGUAGGCCAGGCCUAUACUUUAAACUACUCAUUUUAGUUAGCAGUUGUUAGUAUCUAAUCUUGUGGAUCCCUGAAUUAUAGAGAUAUGACACGUUAAAUAAUGUGUCAUAUAUUUCAGGCAUUUCAAGAUCAGAGAAGAGGGUCCUGUACAGCCGUGUUUGAAAACAUUUCCCAGAACUCAGCAUGGUACUAGGAAAAGGGCUUUCAACCGCUCCUGGUGUAAGGACAAUUCAUGGCUUGAAUAUUCUGUAAGUCAAGAUUCAACUUAUUGUUUCGCCUGUAUUCAUGUUUCUCUACCUGAAUCUGCCUUCACAUCACAGUCAGGUUUUUGUAACUGGAAAAAAGUGCUGUUUAAAGGUUCUGGGUUUAAGCUCCAUUCAAAGGCAGAGCAUCAUAUCAAUGCUAUGUAUGCUUGGAAUCAGCAUUAAAGGGCUAUUGACAGCAACUCCUCAAUGUUAGAUGUCAGAAAGGGCGAGCGGAAAAAGAAAGUGGAGGAAAACUGUACUUACAUUAAAACAAUUACAGAUGUUCUCCUAUUAACUGCCAGUCAAAAUAUAGUGUAGAGGUCAUCGAGAGUCUGAUGACUCUCACAACAAGGGUCAUUUUUGGACAAUCUUAGAAGAAAUAGCAAAGCAUGUCCCUCCCAUAGAGACAAGGAUGAAUGCAUGUGGCAAUACUAAAUACACAAGCCACCAAAUCCAGAAGCAAGCAGAUCUCACACAAAUUAAAAUCGAUUUCCUUGAAAAACAUGUUCUGGACUACAGAUAUAAUCUUGUGCGGCAAGGCUAUGACACUGCAUCCGUCAUGAGCAGAAAACAUUCUGGUGUGUCUGCACGGAUUAAAAACAGUGCAAGAUUUGCAAUUUAUGUGCACUGUAAUGCACAUUAUUUUGAAUUUUGUUUUUUGUCGAGGCUGUAAAAUCACUGCCUGAGGCAGUUCACUUUUUUGCUCUCCUGCAGAAGCUGUAUAACUUUGUAUCUGGCUCGUGGCUUGCAGUUCAGAAAGAGCUUUAUCCACAGCAGCAGCCCAGGGAACUACGGAGACUUACGGAUGGAAGGCUGGCAUGCAGAUACAUGGCAUGCCGUGAUCUGAGGGACAGGCUUCCAGCAGUUCUGAGAGUGCUACAGGAUAUAACACUUGAAAAUAGUGUUUAUAGAUCAGUGGGGGCAAGGGGCCUUCUGUCUCAGAUUUACAUCUCAUAGGGCUUUUGGUUACCUUUUGGAAAGUGCUUGGUGAUGCCAAAUGUCCCUCUGACAUGCUCCAAUCAAGCUCUCUUGACCUAGCAAGGGCUGUGGAUCUAGUAGGUGCCCUUACAGACACAUUACAGGACUACAGAAGUGAGGGAUACUAUGGGGAACUAUGGAAAGAGGUUGAAGAGAUGGCAGAGCUCUGUGAAAUAAGUGUACAAACAGUGUGUAAAAGACAGCCUAAAACAAGCUUAAGAUUUCACAACUCAUUGAUGAUGAUGUAGGACAGAAAAAUAGUGACCAAAGUGACGGUGAGAGCAUCCAAAGAGCUGUCUUUUAUCAAGUGCUUGACAGUCUCACAACUGAGCUGCUGAGGCGUUUUUCAAAGAAUAAAUGCGAGAUAAGGGGUCCAGUCUCUCAACCCAAACAGUACAACAUUCCUUAAUGAGGAGCCUCUGUUUGCUCAGACCUUUGAGUCAGAUUUAGAGGACCUCAAACAUGAGGUUCAUCAAACCAGGCGGCUACUUGAUAGGAGAGAGAAAAGUGGAAGGGACAGACCGUCUACUCUCCUUGACUUUGUUGUGUUUCUAGAACCUUAUAAAGAGGUCUUCCAUGAGCUAUUUCGACUUUGUAAGAUAUCUGUUGUUACACCAGUCAGCAGUGCUUCUUGCGAGAGAAGCUUAUCAGCCUUAAAACAGAUUAAAACCCACCUGAGGACAACCAUGGUUGAUGACAGGUUAAGUCACCUCUGAAUUCUCAGUGUUGAGUGAAGGAGGACACGCUCCCUCAACAUGGAUGAGGUUGUGAAACAUUUUGCCAGUUCUCACCAGAACUGCAGAAUAUUGCUGUUUAAAAUCUUUCUAGGAUAAUUUGGUGCUUAGACGGUCCCUCUGGUCAUGAUUAAAACCUGCACUGUGUACUAGCUAGUACACUGACAUUCUAAAAUUAUAAAUCUAAAAGGGUAUCAUGUCAAACAGGUUUAAUGUGGUCUUGAUUAGGCCAAUUCCAAAACUUUUCUUUGCUAUUUUAUUUUUUUUAUUUCACCUUUAUUUAACCAGGUAGGCCAGUUGAGAACACCUUUAUUUAACCAG